CUUUAUUUACUUCCGGGUUUAUUACUACUAAAGGGAGAACGUGAGUAGGCCAGAUCAGAAAGGGGAGCUCAGGUACCUUCCAGAGAGUAAGAUCCAGCGCCCUUCUCUCGCUCCCCUUAAGCUUUCAUCCCCGCCAUGGCGGAGCUGAUUCAAAAGAAGCUGCAAGGAGAAGUGGAGAAAUAUCAACAGCUACAGAAGGACUUGAGUAAAUCCAUGUCGGGGAGGCAGAAACUUGAAGCACAACUAACAGAAAAUAAUAUCGUGAAAGAGGAACUGGCCCUAUUGGACGGGUCCAACGUGGUCUUUAAACUUCUGGGUCCGGUGCUGGUCAAACAGGAGCUGGGAGAGGCUCGGGCCACAGUGGGGAAGAGGCUGGACUAUAUCACAGCUGAAAUUAAGCGAUACGAAUCCCAGCUCCGGGAUCUUGAGCGGCAGUCAGAGCAACAGAGAGAGACCCUUGCUCAGCUGCAGCAGGAGUUCCAGCGGGCCCAGGCAGCAAAGGCAGGGGCUCCUGGCAAGGCCUGACCCCAUGGUGGGGGAAGGGGAGGGGAGGGAAUGAGGCAGCUCUAGGAUCUAUACGGUAGCUAAUAAAAUGUAAAAACACCUG